UGCUUUUAGGUCAAGUGAUUUCUGAACUGCAGUGAGAUGCUUUGAAUUUGUCUUGUUGCAGCUCUGAGCCUGUAAGAUGGCUGUCUGAAUCGGCAGCGGCUGGGAGAGACAGAGAGGCGGGGAGGGAGGGAGAAAGAAUUGGAGGGAUUGCCGGCAUAGUGCAUGUUUUUAAAUGUGCAUCGAAUCCGAUGAAGCCAACGUUGGGAUUUCUCUGGGAUACCAGGACUGGCUUAGCUGCGUUUUUGAUGAGACUAGGAGAGGAAGGCGAUGGGAAAUUCACUGGGCUGUGUUAAGGAGCCGAAAGAUUCACUAGCUAUUCCUGAGAAGGCUCCCAUAUCUCCUAAGAAAAGGGUUCGGUUCAAAAGGAAGUGGAGGGGGAAGAAAACCCCUACUCCAGAGGUGUCUCAUGAGGAAGAACCCUUGGAAGGAACCAGAGUCAUUGAAGAGACGGAAACCCAACCGAAGUUAACAGUGAGUCUCCAAAAGGAGGAAGGAGCGGGAGGGGUAGAGCAUCCCCCCCUAGACAUUUCACUGCCUCAGAACUCGGCCCCCAGCUCAGGGGUGGGUGACCAGGGGAUGAUCGUGCAGGUGAAGGAGAGAUUCCAAGGGGAGAUCCAGACUGCUCACCUUUUGUUAGAGAAUGAGUCAUCGGUUGCCAGAGGGGUCUGGGAUUCCCUGGAAGAGGGGAUGACUGUCAUCGCUCACCUGCUAGAUAACCCAGCGGAAAGGAACUGUGAGAAGUCAGUGAGCCAGCUGGUGGAAUUUCCGAGGCCAGCAUCAUGCAGUAGCAGGGCUGUGCUGCUGGCUUUGCAAGGGGAGACUGCAGGGGGGAAAGGAGGGGCUCCACUUGGACUUCGGAGCAGCACUUUCCCCAGGACGGACCACCCUGCCGUCGCAGGGGCUCAAGACCACCUUUCAGAGGGCUGGCCUGUGGGGGCAGGAACCACGGCUCUUGGCAGUGCCCCUCACACAGGUUCCUGGAUUGCAGAGCCUUCUGUUCCUUCAUCCCCACUGGACCCGUCGAGAGGCCACAGAUGUACAGAAGCCCCCCAUGUGGGUCGAGUGCCCCCCCAGGGUCUCAGACUGCCUACUUCUCAGAGUGAUUUAUCCAUCAGCGGCAGGACUGCGAGCGUUUUGCCCUCCUCCUCUGGCUAUGGCAGUGACGGGCCACAUUUACAUGGGGUCCAACUUAGAGACACAGAACCUGAAAAGAGCUCCACAUCCUUCUCGGAAGAGGAUGGCACCCUUUCUUUGGAGGCAAGUCACACCCCACUGUGGGGUCUGGAGGAGGUGGGUGGGCUACGUUCACGUUUGGAUUUCUGGCCCUCAAACUUGUUAAAGUGGAGUGUGCUAAACAGUGAGGAUCUUGGUGCUACUUCUCAAGCUUACCUGUGCCGCGUACCGGGAGUUAGUGCCUGGGUUUGGCAAACGGAGUCUAUUUCAGGUCUGCCCCGUGAUGCUUGAAACCAAGUCUUUUGUUGUCUCUGGGGAAUCCCUGAUUCCGGGUAACCACACAGCAUAAUUGCUCUAGCUAUCUGGUGGAGUUAUCUUUCAACGUGCAGUGCUAGGUAGCACUUAACUUUCUCAGGCAGGUCUGUUUAUCAGCUUCCCUGCUGCAGGAAGUUGUGGUGUAGUACAAAGGACGAGGGGAGGCCUGGCUGCAUCUCCUAAGUGAGUGUGGAAGGCGUGGAAAGUGUUGAAGGGAUUCGGGGUGAGACAGUUCUCACCGACGUGAUUGUUCUGCUUCCCUAGAGAGUGAUGUUCUUAUGAGCUGAUGUAAUCCUCCUCCUGCGGGGACACUGCUAAUGACAA